AUGGCUCAGGAACCGGGACCGAGCGGACCAGAUGAUCGCGAGGACCAGCGGGGCUCGGCCCAACGAGGCCACGGUGAAGGGCACGAGAGCGCGAGCAUUUGCCCGGAACACGCCCGGGAGCUGGACUGGUUCUGCUGCACCGAAAGGCGGCCGGUGUGCGCGCGGUGCCCGAGCGAGGGCAGCUGCCGCGGCCACUGCGUGCGCCGAUUGGCGGAGGCGGCGGCCGAGCGGAGGAACAAAAUUGUAGAUCAAUGUGAGACACUUCAGCUGCAGAGUGCCGUGACUGCUAAAUAUGUGGCAGAGGUGCUGCCGGAGAAGAAACAGCAUGUUGUGAGUGCGGCCAGCAGUGCACGAGAGGUCCUGAUCCGGCGCUUGAACCUUGUGAGGAAUGUCUGUGAGAGCGAGGAGCAGCGGCUGCUGGAGAUGGUGCAUACAGAGGAGGAGCGGGCCCACCAGAACAUCCUUACCCAGCAGGUCCACUGGACCGAGUCACUGCGGAAGCUGGAUGCUCUCCGGUCCUAUCUGGUGGCCAUGAUCACUGCUACAGAUGACCACAGCCUUGUGCAGGCAGAAGAGGAAAUCUAUGAAAGAAUGGAGGAAGCGGAGGGGAUCCUGAAACCUCAGGAAUCUGAGAAGUUAAACUUUAACCCGCAGUGCAUCCAGAGUCCAUUAAUGAGCCGGUUGUGGACUGCUGCCAUUCUGUGCUGGAACUCAGAUGAAAUCCACAUUGAUGAGAAAACAGUCAGCCCACUCUUGACACUCUCGGAAGACAAGAAAAUGCUGACCUUUAGCCCUAAGAAAGUAAAGAGUGACCCUGAUGGCCCAGAACGGUUUGACCACUGGCCCAAUGCCUUGGCUGAAGAAUCAUUCCACAAAGGGAUUCACGCAUGGAGAGUCAGUGUGGCAAAUAGCGGUGCAUACAAGCUGGGCAUCUCAUAUAAAUCACUGCAGCGUAAGGGCACAGGUCCUGAAGCCCGCCUGGGUUACAACCCAUUCUCCUGGGUCUUCUCCCGCUAUGACAAGGAGUUUCGGUUUUCACAUGACAAUUGCCACCAAACAGUGGACCUCCUCAAAUGCCCAAUGGAAAUUGGGGUCCUGGUGGACUUGGAUGUGGGGGAACUGCUGUUUUACGACCCAGAAUCUUGCGUUGUUCUCCAUGCACAUCGUGAAAACUUCACCGCUCCCAUUUACCCAUCCUUGGCUGUAGCUGAUCAAAGUAUCUACCUGAUGCAGUGAGAGUGAGGCUCUGCUGAGGGGCAGCCCAAGAGGCCAUACUUAUCUUUGAUGAACACUGAGACUAUUUCCUAAAACUGUAUAGAUCAUGCUACAUUUAUGGCUCCUUACAACUUGUGGCAUUAGGGUUCCUCAAUAUUUUACAAGCCUGCGCAGAUGGCUAAACACAUCCAAAGGUCAACUUAAAUGCCAAGCGCAAUGACUUCUGCUGCUUCAUUGGCUGGAAUGGAGGAAGCUGAAAGGAUCCUGAAACCCUAGGAAUCUGAGAAGUUAAAUUUUUAAUCAGUGGUGCACCUGAAGUGAACCAUUUUACCAAUCUGUCUGGACCCCAAUGCGUGGGAACAUCCUCCAUGCUACUGGGUGGAAUGAUACAAUGGAUCUACAUUGGCUUGUGGUUUGGCCGUCUGUAUGUGAAAGAGAGAUACUGUGGAAGUACUUAUCUGCAAACUGUGUGCCAGACAGUACUGAUGACUGUGUGUGGAGGGUCAUUCCAUGAAGUCUUGAAAAAGAAUUAUGUUAUAUUUGUUUAUAUAUUUGUUGUAGUGGUUAAGUGCACAGACUCUAA